GUCGUGAGUUUGUUGCGAUGAACGCGCUUGUACAGUACGAGAGCUCCAGUUCAGACGAGGAGGAGGGGCGGCCACCUUCCGCGGCAAGACAAGCCAAAUCUGCAAAGCGAGCUUCUUCCAAGUCUGGCGGGAAGAAGGCCAAAGUGGCCGCAGCAGAGGUCACCCAGAGUACCAAUGUCCAGGCUCAGAAUCCGACAGGAUAUUCAAAUGACUGGCAGGCGAUGGGUUACGCCCAGCAAGGCUAUGGGCAGACUUGGCCGCAAGGGUACGACUAUAGUCAGUACGCACAGGCCUACGGACAAUGGGGAGAUUAUCAACAGUGGGCGAACUACUAUGCCGGGUACGGACAGCAGCAACAGUACGGUACACAGGCAUCCAUGCAGCCACCUCCUGUUCCACCACUCACAAGUUCAGUCGGACAAUCUACCACUAAUGUUACUGCAUCAUCAACCUCAGAUGUAACUCCCCAGCCCCCUCCUCCCUCAGGACCCCCCUCAGAGAAACCCCCUCUCCCAACAGGUGCACCACCAGCCCAGCUGACCUCACCCUCUACCACCGGCCAACAACCAGAGGAAAAGACAUCAGUGUCUGAAUCGCAAACCACCUCUGCAACGUCGUCUAGCGUAGAUUCUCAGGUUAGUGCAGCUGGGCAGGGGCAUGCUGGCUCGCAGGACACCAGCUCUGGCCAGGCAAACAUGGACCCCAACAUGAUGUGGAACAACAUGUGGAACUACCAGCAGUAUGAUCCACAGGCAUGGAGCCAGUAUUAUGCAGGGCAGGGGUAUCAGGACCCUAACAUGGCAAUGGGUCAGUGGGGCCAAUGGGGUCAACAAUGGCAGAACUGGCAGCAGCAGCAACAACAACAGCAAGGUACUGCUGAACAGACUGGACAACAAAAACAACAACAAACCCAGCAGCAAGGCAGCUAUCAGACUCCUUCGCCAGCUGUAACAAGCGACACAGGACAGAAGCCACCUCCUCAGGGGCCACCACCACAAGGGCCACCACCACAUGGCCCUCCACCCGGACUGAAUGGUCAGGAUCAGUGGCAAAGGCCAGAUUGGCAGCAGUCUUGGCACCCUGGCCAACGGCCACCUGGCCCCAUGGACCAGGGCCCAAGGAUGAGGAUGAGGCACAUGGGCCCAAUGGAUCAUGGGCAACGCCCACGUCACCGUGGCCCCAUGGAUGGCCCGAGACACCGUCAUCCCCCUCCAAUGGGCCAGGGACCCCGGAUGAGGCAUCCUGGGCCAAUGGAUCAUGGGCCACGUGGUCCACGAGGGCCAAUGGACCCAGGGCAAAGGCCAAGACAUCAUGGACCCAUGGACCAGAGACCACGGCAUCCCGGUGGAAUGGAUCAAAGACCGCGGCACAGGCAUCCUGGUCCUAUGGAUUUUGGACAGCGUCCGCGGCAUCCCGGAGGUAUGGACCAGCGACCCCGCCACCCCCCACCGAUGGAUAAAGGACAGCAGCCACGGUUUCCAGGUUCAGCAGAUCAAGGACCUCGGCUCAUGGAGCAGGGGCAACGGCCACGGAACCCUGGAGCAGGGGAUCAGGGACCAAGAUCGAGGUUCCCUGGACCAAUGGAUUCAAGCCAGAGGCCACGACACCCUGGCCCACAGGGGCCAAGGGGAAGAGCUCCAAUUAUAGAGGAAGGAAAAGACAGCAGGUGGAGUGGACAGCCUUGGCAGAGAGAUAACCGUGGGCCCAAAGAUCAGGAUGAUCAGGAGGAAGAUCCGGAGUCGGAACAGCCUCAAAAGAAGGAAGAGCCAGUUGCUGAGGAGAAACCAAAACCUGCUCUUAGCUUGGCAGAAAGGCUCAAGAUGAUUGCUGAGUCCAAGGCUCCACAAACUGCUUCAUCUAGUCAUCUAGCUUCACGGCCCACGCCAUCAGAGAAAGACAAAAAGAAAGGCUCAGAUGAAAAGGGAAAUGCAAACUACGUUCCUUUAGGAUUCAACAAACUGCAGCAGUUGUCACGAGGAAAUCAGGACAGUGAUGAUGGCAGAGAAGGAAGAGGGCCCAGAGGUGAACGAGGAGGUCGGGGGGACAGGGGUGGACGGGGUGGCAGGGGAGGGAGGGACGACCGAGGGGGAAGGAGGAGCAGGUUUGGACAAGACGAUGACUCAAGGGGGUCAUCAUGGGGCCGAGACAGAAACCAACCACCCUACAGGUCUGGCAGGGACGGUAGGCCGGAAAGGGAGGGAAGAGAUCGAGACAGCAGAUCAGACAGAGAUGGCCGCCCCAGCAGGUUCAGUCAUGACUCCAGAGAUAGACAGGGUGACAGUCAGCAAGAGAGAAGAGGGAGUAGGUUCUCUGGUGGCCCAUCUUCACAUGGGGAUCAGGGCAAACCUAGUGGAGACUUGGAUGGAAGGAAAAGUCGCUGGGAGACCCCCCGUAGCACAGGCACAAGUGAUUCUCAGAACCAACCCAAGUCCAGAACAAAGUGGGGAUCAGAAACCACAGAUGGCCAGGAGGGCACUUCAAAAACACUGCUCCCGGAUCCUGCAGCUCCUCCAGGAGGAGGAGGCAGUCACCAGGGUAACCCUCCAUCUCUGUUUGACAUCCAAGUUCAACCUUCAUCCCAUCUACGACAAGCUCAGGGCCAAGGUGGCCAGCAGCAGUGGGAACAGAGAGGGGAGCAGGAGUCCAUUCAUUCUGGCCCAAGAGGAUCCCCAUCUGCAGGGCCCAGGGGACCGUCUCCUACAGGGCCAAGAGGACCUACCCCUCCUGGACCAAGGGGAUCCCCUUCCCCUGGACCAAGAGGUCCACCACCACCACCUCAGUUUCAGGGACACAACCAAGGAGGGGGGAACUGGUCGCAGCAGAACUUUGGAUCCCCUGAGGGACAGGGCAGUGGGAUGAAGAGAAUGUCCUCCAAUGACUCCCAAUUCUCUCCACCAGAUGGUGGACCUGGUAUUCGUCCCUACACACCCAAACGUGCCAGGCUAGAGCCGGACGGGUCGCCUACUAACCCCAGCCCCACAGGCAUGGUGCUACAAGACACAACCAUGGCCGCAGUACAGGAUAUAUUUGAACCAUACCCCAAAAUUGUGUUUGCCCUGGGGAAGGCUGUGCACAGCAGGAUUCCUGAGAAAAGACUUGUUGAUCUGCAGGGCCACACAGGCCCGGUGAACACUGUGGAGUGGUGCAAGGCCGACUGUAGCCAUCUUCUCCUGUCUUCCUCCAUGGACAGGACUGUCAGAGUCUGGGAUGCCAUUGGAGAUGCCAAGUGUGUUCGAACUCUGACCAAUCACAGGGCAGGAGUGAAGAUGGCUGCGUGGACUACAGACAAGAAAGUGCUGAGCUGCAGCUUUGACAAAACAGCUCAGCUUAUUGAUCCACAGACAGGUCAGACUGUGUCAACAUUCCCCCAUUCCAAUUUUGUGACAGUUGUACGAGUCCAUCCCCAGGAACACAACCUGUUCCUAACUGGGUCCACAGACAUCAUACAGGCCUGGGACAGCAGGACGGGCAAGGCUGUUCGAGAUUUUAAAUGCAAGUUUGGUUCUGUUCUGGACUUGGCGUUCUUUCCGAGCGGGAGCUCGUUCCUCAGCAGUGCCGAUGUUGUGGCAAGAGACUCGGCUGACAAGACGAUCAUGGUGUGGGACUUCAACUCCGGAGCCAAGCUGUCCAACCAGAUAUUUCAUGAGCGAUACAGCUGCCCUUCUCUGGCUGUCCAUCCCUCAGAGCCAAACUUCAUCGCCCAGACAAAUGGAGACUACAUCGCCCUCUUCUCCACAUCUCGCCCAUAUGCCAUGGACAAGACUGUCCGUUUUGAAGGACACAAGGUUCAGGGGUAUCGGAUCGGCUGUGAGUUUACCCCUGAUGGACAGAUGAUUGUGACUGGCAGCGGUGACGGGAAGGUGCUCUACUUCAACUUCAACUCCGGGGAGACUGCAGGCGAGCUGAACGUAUACCCAAACCCGUGUACGGAUGUGAAGUCCCACCCUGUCCUGAGCUCCACCCUGGCUACCUGCAGCUGGAGCGGACAGGUCUCCGUUUGGCAGUGAACAUCACAUUCUCCUAGGGCUGCUCCAACAGGAUCAGUUGGCUCUUUGAUUUUUAGAUUUAAAAAUAGUGGAGGCCAAUUUUUCAGAUGGCUUUGAGGAUUAUACUUAGUUAUUAGAGAGAUAUGAAAAGGUGUAGGAGGAAUGUUUAGAAAUUUGUUGUAGUUUUCAUGCUUCAACUAAAAGAAAUAAAACAAGAAACAACUAAUCCUAUUGUUGUGGCCUGAUGCAGAGCUCAUUUCACCAUUAUCACAUAAUCCAUGGUAGGACUGUACAUGUACUGACAUAUGUUAAAUUAGACUUUGAUGUGUAGGCUAUGUGUGUGUUCAGAUUUUUAAUUGAUUAGCCUGUAUGUCUAGCAAGAUUUUUUUCAACGGUAAUGUUAAGUGUCUGUCUUGCUUUCAGUCUACUGUUAUGUGUAGUCAGUGGAAAAUGUAAGAUUUACUGAUAAAUCUUAGCAAAUAUUUUUUCUAAUGUUAACAAUUAAACUGUAAGUAGUCUGUGA